UUUGUUGGGUACAAUUACUUUAAAAAGAAAUGACAAAAUGUAUUUCUCAAACAAAUAGUUACAACAUAUACCUAGGGACAUUACUCUCAAUGAAAUCCUCAAAUAAUCAAACACGAGUAUACAAAUGUAGGCAAAAGUUUACGAAAGAGAUGUUUAGAUAAUUGGCUUCCACUCGAGGUUCCCCUACAAUGUUGCUCUUCAUUAACAAGUGCAUCUUUCCAUUAGCACUUGAGCACAACAUCCCAUACUUAAACAGUGAAAUGUGCCACCUAGGCUUCAGUAACCUGUUUAUUGAACUGUCAGUCUGAUAAUGCUGGGCAGCCAUCCACUGGGCCUGCUUGGACAUUCCGUGAGUAGGAGGUAGAUGUCUUAAUAUACACCCCAACAGAUGCUGAAGAUGGGUUGCCUCAAACAAAGAGAGCUUUUGGUUUAUAUGCAUUUGGAGUUUCCAGUGUUAACAUCUCAGACCUCUUGGAUACAUUGAUAGGUUGUAACUAUGAUAAAGAAGGACGGUAUAGAAGAAACCAAGAUCGAUCUUGGGGGAGAGGAGCAACAGACUGAGAUCAAUGCUGCCCUGCCUCAAAAUGAAACCACCCCAUUGGUGGAGAACCGGGACCCCAAAGGAGUUAAUGCACAUUUUAGGGUGACUUUUGAAGAUGUGAUAGCAGAACCCCAAUCUAUCCACAGCUUUGACAAGGUGUGGCUCUGAAGUCAUGCCUUGUUUGAAGUCUCCAGACUCUGGUUCUACAGAAUAAUCUCCCUCUUCCUCGCUGUUCCUGUUUCUUUAAUCGCUGGAAUUCUAUUAGCCAUACUAAGUUGCCUUCACAUUUGGUGCGUGAUGCCAUAUGUCAGAGUCUUCCUGAUCAACAUGCCUUCCAUUCAGACAAUCUGGGGAUCAAUUUUAGACAUUGCCAUCUCACCAUUCUUCAGGAGUAUGGGGAAAUGUUGCAGUGUCAUUAAUGUACACCUGUCUCAUGACUGAAAUCCCUGGACCUGGACAACGUUAACACUACUGCCUCUCUCAGUAGGCAAUGCUCUGAUGUCAACAACACUGUGUAAAUGCAAUAGCACAGUAAGAUAUACAAAAGCUUCUGUUUUAGUGUAUUUGUCAUUUUAAUUAUUGAUUAAAACCAAAAAAUGCAAGUUUAAAAACAACCAAAACACAUGUUUCAGUCAUAAGUAGAAAUAAUAGAGUGGGACCCUUGGCGUCGAUGUGGUAACAAAAUGUGUUAAGUUGGAAUAAAGGGCUGUGUUUGUGUAGCAUCA